AUGGCUGCCUCCAAUAGCAGCAGCAGCGCUGGCAAGAGCAACGGCACCAACAACAACCCGCUGGAAGCCAUGGGGGCCUUCUUCUCGAAGCAGGUGGACCGGCGGAAGCUGGUGACCACGGAGAAGCAGGCGCUGGCCACGCGUCUCUCCUCCUCCGGCGACACGUUCCCCGGGUCGGAGCACCGGCCGGCGGACCGGAAGCGGUGGAUGGCUGAGCUGGGCGCCGACAGGCUGCGCGUGCACCAGGUGGUGUGGCCCGGCACGCACGACUCGGCCACCAACAAGAUCGGCGUGCCGUUCGUGACCCGCCCCUUCGCGCAGUGCCAGUCCAUGUCCGUGUACGAGCAGCUAGCCACGGGCACGCGCGUCAUCGACGUGCGCGUCCAGGAGGAGCGCCGCGUCUGCCACGGCAUCCUGGCGACGUACCCCGUCGACGUGGUGCUGGACGACGUGGCCAGGUUCCUGGGCGAGACCGAGUCCGAGGUGAUCAUCCUGGAGAUCCGCACCGAGUUCGGGCACGAGGACCCGCCGGAGUUCGACAAGUUCUUGGUCGAGAAGCUCGGCGAGCACCUGAUCCCGCAGGACGAGGCGGUGUUCCACAAGACGGUCGCGGAGCUGCUCCCGCGGCGGGUGAUCUGCGUGUGGAAGCCCCGCAAGUCGGCGGCCCCCAGGCCCGGGGACCCGCUGUGGAGCGCCGGGUACCUCAGGGACAACUGGAUCGACACGGACCUGCCGGAGACCAAGUUCGAGAGCAACCUCAAGUUCCUGGCGCAGCAGCCGGCCGUGGCGGAACGGAGGUUCUUCUACCGGGUGGAGAACACGGUGACGCCCAAGGCCGACAACCCGGUGCUGUGCGUGUGGCCCGUCACCAAGCGGAUCCACGGCUACGCGCGCCUCUUCAUCGCCGAGGUCUUCGCCAAGGGCCUCGGCGACAAGCUGCAGGUCUUCUCCACCGACUUCAUCGACGGCGACUUCGUCGACGCCUGCGCCGGCGUCACCAAGGCGCGCGUCGAGGGCACCGCGUGA